UGAAGACAUUCAGCUUAGACAUGAAUCAUUGCCAUGGCAAAUGGUCGAUGGGCAGCUGUGUGUGGAUGUGAAGCAUUCAAGAACUCCAGCGGACAUGCCCUCAGUCCUUUGACAGAUGCCUUGCAGCGCCUUGCGGACGUAGGGCGAUGUUGGGAUCUAGCGCGGAAGAUCCCGCCGGAGCUCUAUGCUGCAGCCCAUGUGGUCUUUCAGGCCUUUCAAGCUGAAGCAUCGCAGGGCAAGGAUCCAAACAUCGCCGCCACCAGAUGUGCUCCUGGAGCAUUCACUGCAAUGCUAGUUCUACUGCUUUUGUGGGAAGCUCAUGAUGCCCCAGAUGAGCUUGUUGACACAGCUCUUGAUAUUAUCCUCCCAAUUGAGCAGACCAUUGUGGCUCCUGCUAUGACAGCGCUGGGCACAGCCGGAGUCCUGGACUGCAAUAGAUUUGGCAACAUCCAAGACGGGUGGUGGCCAGGAGUUUUGGACCUCCGGUGGCUCCGGCGCCUGACGAGUCGCUUGUCACGGAAGCGAGCAGCCUGGCAGCUUUUGGCUGAAACUGGCCAAGAGCCCUGGCAUGAAAGAGAGGUGGCAGAGCAAAGAUUCUUUGCCGAGGCUGAGUUCAACUUGGACAGGCCGAGCCUUUGUCUGUGUAUUUUACAUGGGGAGGGUGCAGCAACACUUCGUGAGACUUUGGAGUUUUGCCCAGGCAAUUGCAAUGGGAGGAUAAAGCUUGUGGAGCCCAUGUGCUUUUUGCCGUUGGAGCUGGAAAGGUCUUACAAGGACGGCGGGCUGCUGGAAAUGGCGCGACGACGAUUCGUCGUCUUCUUGAAAUCACUCCAAGAGGACGUCUUGGACCAGGCAGUGCAUUGUUGGCGUCAAGAGGUGGCGAAACUGUAUGAUUUGGAGCCUAUUGUGCCAGUAAAAGAUUGGCCAGACCCUUUCAUCAGGAAACACCAGAGACACGGAAAUCCAGGUGCUGCCAUGGCAGCUUGUGCCAGCACUUGUGAUCAGGAGUAUUUGCUUUUUUUGGAGGAUGACUUCCAGCUUGUGACGAGGCCAGCAGAACUGGUCCAACACCGCUUCAAGGCUGCAUUCCACAUGCUGAAUGAGACUGCAAAUGAGGCGAUGAAGAUCUUUGGCGUGCAUUUGAGACACAAACUAUUCUUCGGGCCACCCUUCUAUGAGAUGCUGACAGCGAGGCAGCACGGUGAACCACCAUCACCCUAUACUGCAUGGUACUUCCACCCUGAUCCAGUGGCCGCGUCUUUUCCUGACAACCUGUGGGAGCCUCCAUUUUGGGAUUCUGGCGACGAGUGCGACUCGAAUCGUAGAUCUUGGCACAAGAGCUUGCAAUUUCAGCACCUUCCUGCAUUUCACUCAGAACAGUCAAGACAGACCAUGCCAGCGGCUGUCCCUCCCGGUGACGAAGCCGCUGCACGUGUUUGGUGGUGUGGAAGCAAAUCCUCCCUGCUUUGCACUUCUACCGCGGCACAUCGUGACCCCUUCCGCAGUCUUAUGUAUAGUACAAACCCAAUGCUUUUUCGCACAGAGACAUGGCGCCUACAUGUGAUGAGUUACAUGACACUCUUGCAGGACUUGCGAGCGGUCGAGGAGGCCUUCACAAGCUCAUAUACGUGGCGCGUUGAUCCGAGCUUUGUGCUUGGCUUAUCCCUGGGUCUCUUCCGGCAUCGACGAUUGGAUCGGAGGUGGGGCCAACGAUGAAUGUGGUUGAAUGGGUUCGGCGGAUUCGGCAUCCAAAAUCCAAAACCUAAUAUAUAAACAAUCUAUAACAAGAUUGGACGAGGGCAACAUGCAGCAGCAAGAUAUUGUGUAUGAUUGAUUAUGACUAUGAGUUGGAGCUAAGUUUCAGUAAAUUUGGUCACUUGGUCUUUGUGCAUCGUUCGCACUGUGGGCUGGGAGAAAUGUGUGUGUCAAUGUGGCUUACACUAAUCUCGUCAGAGGAGUAUGCCUGAUUCCAAUGAAGAUCCGCUCGCUGCCGGUUGCAUUCAGGCUCGCAUGCACUACCGUAUCUC